GUGACAUGUCCCGAAUUUUCUCUUAUAUUUUUAACUUCUUUCAAAUAAUUUGCAAGGAUGUUUAGUUUAGUUUAACGGAAACGAGAAGAGUUGUAAACGUCAAGAAAAGAAAAGAAGCAAAAACCAAAUGGGAACUCCAGAGAAUACAAGAGAACCAUGUCCCGACCGGAUCUUAGAUGAUAUUGGCGAUGCGUUCGGCAUGGGUAUUGCCGGAGGAUCUGUCUUUCACUUCAUCAGAGGAAUCAACAACUCUCCCUCAGGCGCUCGUCUCUCCGGCGGCGCACAGUAUGUACGUAUGAACGCUCCUAAACUCGGAGGAAGCUUCGCCGUAUGGGGUGGUCUGUUCUCGACCAUGGACUGCGCCAUGGUGUACGCUAGACAGAAGGAAGAUCCAUGGAACUCCAUCUUUGCCGGCGCCGCCACCGGAGGCCUUUUAUCGCUGCGUCAAGGUUUCCGCGCGUCUGCUAGGGCGGUUUUGGUGUUAACUCUCUUACAAGGAGUACAGAUCGCUUUGGACAAACUCGCGAAUGCUGCGCAGCAGCACGAGCAGGCUUCCAUGGGUGAUGCGGCCUCCUUACCACCUGCUCAGGUUUAUGAGACUUCUUCUGCUCCGGAGGCAGGUUCAGGGUCUUGGUUUGGAGGUUUGUUUGGGAGUGGGAAGAAAGAAGAGUCUGAGGAUAAGUCAGGGAGCAAGACUCGGGUUCUUGAGAGCUGUGAUGCGCCUCCCGUCUCAACUUAGGAGCUUAACUAAUUUGUGUGGAAAAUAAAAUUGAGUAAACACAAAUUUCAUUGUGUGAGAUGGUAUUUAAGAGGAAACUGUGUAUGAUUUGUUUUUGUGUAAGGUCAAAAAAGUCAAAUCUCGAUUCCUUAGAUUCAUCUUUUUUCUUUUACUAUACUUUUAAUAUACAGUACUUGUUAUAUUCUUUUCUAAUUGUUUGUUUCGUGAUUUUCAAUCAGAAUUUUAUAGUUAAAAAUUAAAAUUGAGUGAACACAUUCCGUAGUGUGAAACGAUAUUUAAGAGACAGAGGUGUAUGAUUUCAUUACAAUUUUUUGAACAUUUUUAUACUUGGUAUAUAUCUUUCCAACUUGUUUCGUGAUAUUCACUUCAUGGUCCUAACUCCUAUGUAAGCAUGAAUAAAAAAAAGAAAAAUGGAACAGUGAUCGAUUAGAAUUUAGCUUUAGUACUUAAUUAAAUCAUAAAUUAUAUAUCUUUCUCGACAAAGUACAAAAUGAUUAAUCAAUUCACUGUAAUGAAAGUAGCAUCUUGAUUAGAGUACCUACAACAAAGAGUUUAAAAGAGAUUCUAAAGUCAGUUUUUUAGAAAAAGAGAAGAGAGAGAAGUUCUAAUGUUUAGAUUUUUUAGAACUCCAUUAAAAUUUGAUGUGACACUUGUAAACAAUAGAUUAGUUGAAUUUCUGUUUUACAAUUAACUUUUGAUUAUUAAUUACAAUUUAUUAAAAGAUUAAUAUGUUUUUUGUUUAAGAAAUUUUUUGGAGUUCGGACAUGUUUUUACCGACGUUAUAUAGAAAAGGAUUAAAAAAAAAGAAAAAAAAAAAGGAUAAAAUCCUACUUCUCAUUCUUUCAUCGUAAUUAUUUGACAUUUUUGGGUUUAGUGAUGGGCUUUUUUAAAAUGGGGAUAUUCAACCCUUACAUAUUGUUAAAAAUCUUG